AAGAUAUGGCUGCAAUGCAUCCGAUUGCAGGAGCUGGCUGGAAAUAGUGCUUCGGGCGGAAUGGUGGUGCAGCUACGUUUAUAAAUUUUAAUUUUCAGUUUACAGCAGUGCCUUUAUCCCCUGGAAAUGCUACUGCCGUUGCUUCAUACUAAAUCAGCGCGUUUUUGAAAUACUACCAAGUGCAUUUCUGUCUGUGGCGCCCUUCAUGCUGGCGGUAUUCAUUUCGCAGCUUCGUCUCCGCGCUCGCGGUCUCCAAGGACAACCUGCCAGGUCUUCCAUUGAUCAAGGAGGCAAGCUACGCAGCACCGAGCCGGUUGGCUGAUUUAGCCGUCAAUCAUGACUAAUUCAGGAUUCAUCUAAUUUCAGACAAACCUCUGGAUUCAGAUAUUUGAAGCAUCCACACUGAAGACAAAAUCUCCAUUUUUUUUCAUCUCGAGCUUUAUUCUUGGGUGAUCUCUGUGCAUUGAGUUAUGUCAACAGCUGCACUAAUCACCUUGUGUAGAUCUGGUGGCUUUCAAGUGCGAAGACAAGGACUCUUGACCUUCAAGCUACUUCAAGACGAAAAGCGCCUUGUGGUUCUUUACCACACUACAGCAAGUGAUCGAAGGUCUUCUCGGUUUGAUGUAGAUGGUGGUGGCCGCCUAACACCCUGGGAUUCUUUUGGUAUCUGGGACAACCGCAUUGAUGAACCAAUUCUGCUUCCGCCUAGUAUAAAAUAUGGCAAGCCCAUUCCAAACGUCAGCCUGGGGAAAGUUGGAUGUGUCACCCAAAUAGGCCAACGCAAAGAAAAUGAGGACCGUUUUAAUAUUGGAAUGCUGACUGAUAAUGUGAUGUAUUUUGCAGUGUAUGAUGGACAUGGUGGAACAGCAGCAGCUGAUUUUUGUGACAAGCACAUGGCAAAGUAUAUUGCACAAUGCCUUUCACAGGAGGAGGAUCUAGAAGUUGUGCUGACCAAAGCAUUUAAUGAGACGGAUAAGGAAUUUGCAAGACAAGUUCAUUUAUCUAAAAAUGCCUCCUUCCUUACUUCUGGGACAACUGCCACUGUGGCUCUGUUACGUGAUAGCAUUGAGCUUGUGGUGGCAAGUGUGGGUGAUAGUCGGGCAAUUCUUUGCCGUAAAGGAAAACAUAAGCGACUAACUGAGGACCAUACUCCAGAAAGAAAGGAUGAGAGGGAAAGGAUUAAGAAAUGUGGUGGAUUUGUUUCAUGGAACAGUCUGGGCCAACCACAUGUAAAUGGGAGAUUGGCAAUGACACGGAGUAUAGGAGAUAUUGCUUUAAAACCUGUUGGAGUCAUUGCUGAGCCAGAAACCAGGCGAAUUAAGCUACAACAUGGAGAUGAUGCUUUCUUAGUUUUAACAACAGAUGGGAUUAACUUUAUCAUGAACAGCCAAGAAAUUUGUGACCACAUCAGUGAAUGCCAUGAUCCGAUAGAAGCUGCCCAGGUUAUUGUUGAACAGGCCCUGCAGUAUGGUGCAGAAGAUAACAGUACUGCAGUUGUGGUUCCAUUUGGUGCAUGGGGGAAGCACAAGAACGCUGGCAUCAGCUUUUCAUUCAGCCGAAGCUUUGUCUCCAGUGGAAGAUUUGCAUGAAGUUGCAACAAUGGAAUACUAGCAUCUAAACACUGCACAUGAUCAAGUUUUUAAAAUGUUAUUCAUUUUAAAGACCAUUUUCAAAGACUAUAAACUUGAUGUUUUCAUUUGGGGAAUGUCGGUCCAUGUUAAAUUUGUAAUAUGAAUAAAGACACCUAGCUGGAUGUAUGAUUAAAACGUUGCUGUGUUACUUGUAUAUAAAAAAAACAGUAAUUGAAUGGAAUUGUUGAGCAUUAGAGAAGAGUAAGCAGCAGUGUUGAAAUUCAUGAAUUGGUACCUUUAGAUGUCACACUAUAUGAUAUUGGUAAUCUCUUGUAACUUGAAGAUUUUAGGGUUGUGAGUCAAAAAUAGCUGGUGAUAUUCAACUGUAUAACAAUUCAAAGAAAAACAUUUAGUAAUUUAACCAAGUUUUCAAUUCUUGAACUGAAAUAGAUUUGGUUCCUGUCCAAUGUUAAAUGUUGCUAAGAAUGGGGAAUGAAUUGUUCAAUAGUGCUUGGACCUGGUUACCUCUAAAUUAAUACUGUUUGCUUGAAAGAACACUUGCAUUUUGAGCAGUUUAAGUGUCCUAAUGAAAAUAAUUUCCCAGAUUAAACUUAAGCUUUAUUGCUAAUGUUUUUAGUCAAAUAGAUUGCUUUUCAAGUACAAAAGCAUUUUUGUUUUUUCCUAAUUAAUUCCAUCCACUUGAAGUAUGGCUGUAUGAAGUAAUCUUGGAAUAAGUUGGUUUUCCCCCCUCACAUUUCCUAUUAUAAACUUAGUGAUUGAUAUUUAUAGCUUUAAACCUAAUUUGCAGUGUUAAACGGGGGGGGGGGGUGGGGGGGUGGGAAGGCAGUUUCAUAUUGCCUGCAGACUUUAUUCCUUGUAUUUGAUGGAUUUGGGGCCAUCGCAGAAAUUACUACCACGUGUGUUGGUGCCUUUCCAAAUCUCUGCCAAAAUAGUAGUGUGGAAUAUGACCAGAAUAAAUGUAAAAUAGUGCAUUUCUUGCCUUGGCUACUUUGCUAGCAUUAAUCUACUGGAUCUGUGAAAGUUACAAUAAAGGAGGAGUACAUUGGCUUGAUCAGAAAGAGAUUGACAGUUUCAGUGGUGCUCCUGUGUUAGAAACAGAAUGGUUCUUUUGAAGCAUCCUGAGUCAGAUUUGUGUUAAAAAGUGUUACGUAUAUUUAUAUCCAUAUUAUAAAUGACUUUGAGUAAGGUAAGCAAAAAUAUCUUGUUAGAUUUGUAUGCUUUUGAGCAGCAAAACAUCUGCUGGAGGAACUGGGCAGGUUGAACAGCAUCUAUGGGGAGGGGAAAGAAUUGCUGACAUGGUUGGAAACACUGCUUUUGAAUUUGAAUUGGGACCCUUCAAAACUUGAUUAAAUUCUGAAAAAGCAACCCAGUUCAGGAGGUUGGGUGAUGGGUGGGGUAAAUGAAGAACAUAAGAGGGGGAGUUGUGGGAGCAAGAGCAAUUCUUAUCUUGGCUCAAUAGUAAUCUUUUGGAGUCUGAAGGAGUUUUACUUAAUUUAGAUAAAGUUCCACUUGGUGUUUUUUUUUAAAAACACAAAACAAUUAAGAAAAUUUAUGCAAUGGAUUGGGUACCCAAACUCUUGAAGAGAAGGAGGCAUGAGUGCUUUGAAAACGAGGCAAAAGAAAAAUGAAUUGGAAAAUUUCUGAUACAAAUAAAUUGGAGAAGUAUGUUUUGAGAAUAUUUUUGACUGAUUUAGAAGCUAUUGAUAUAUUUGUUAUAAAGCAGAAGGGUAAUUACCUCAGUUACAUAUGAUCGAAACAAAACUCAUUUUGUUAGUGAAAUGUGAUUUUUUUUUAAAAAAUUUGUGGUAUACCGAGUCUCUGGUAAUACUGUUCAGUAUAAAGUUUGAUUUGUAUUCAUGCAUAUAACUUAGAAGCUGGUUUCUUAGAAUGAUGGAUGAUGGGGAUCACUCAAUGUAGAGAGAUUUACAGAUAUAGCACUGAUUGUAGAUUGGUAAACCAUGAUUAAUUUUUUUUUUUUUUUUUUUUUACCCCAUUUCUCUCAUUCCUGCCCACAAUUUAAAAAAUAACAUAACCUGAAUUGUUAAAUUAGGGCAUUUGGUUAUUUGCCUUUUUGUAACUGAGAAACCUGUAGGCCAAGUUAGUUUGCAUUUUCAAGGAAGCUAAUAUUGAUAUAGGUUAAUGGUCAGCUUAAAGCACAAGUAUUUUGGCCUGUUCAAUGAGAUUAUUCCUUUAGUAAUAAUAUACAACUAUUUAACUCUUGGGCUGCUUUGAGUUAUUUAUUAAAUAGAUUGAUCAGAGAUGAAGUGUUUUUUUUGCUUUAAUUCAUUUGGUAGAAUUCCAUAUAUCAAUUAUUUUUUUUAAAUGUAGUUUGAUAAUUUCUGAAAAACCCAAGUGUUCAACAACACACCUGUCUAAAGCUUGUACAUUUUGUUACGUCUGAAUAGUCUGUAGACGUACCAAAAUGUACAAAAUUGGAGGGCUGCAAGAAAAGCUUAUUCAUUACCUCAGUUACAUAUGAUUGAAACAAAACUCAUUUUGUUAGUGAAAUGUGAUUUAUUUUUUUUUUUAAUUUGUGGUGUACCAAGUCUCCGGUUCAGUAUAAAGUUUGAUUUGUAUUCAUGCAUAUAAGUUAGAAGCUGGUUUCUUAGAAUGGUGGAUGAUGGGGAUCACUCGAAAUGUAGAGAGAUUUACAGAUAUAUCACUGAUUGUAGAAUUGGCUUUAAUUUAAUUCAUCAGGAAUUUUUAUUCUGUUUUUCAUAUUGAUGUCCAGAAAUUUGUUACCCAGGUCUGCACAUGCAGUUGCUUCUGCUAAUUGUAUUAUAAUGUGUGCAUAAUCCAUGUAAAUACAUAUGUACAUAGUAUUAAUCAGUGGAUAUGUAUUUACCUUGGUAGUAAAUAUGUAUCAUAUUAUUUGAACUGGCUUUGUUUAUACCUACAAAUUUUUGCACUUGUAUUUGAGCCUUGUCUUUUUAUAACUUGGGCUACCAAGCAGUCUAUAGAUGGGAUUUGAUUACAUUAUAGAGACAGUACCAGAAGAUAGACAUUGCAUACAUCUGAAAAGCGGCUAAUAUGACUACCAAGUUCAGCUUGUGAUUUUUUUUUUCUCUUAAGUCUAUUUGCAAUGAAAGAAACUUUGCUUAUAUAGUCACUGGAUGGUUUGCGAUAUGUACUGUAAUGAGAACAGACUGUUUCUUACUGACUGUGCUUUGAGUGCCCAAAAUCUUGUGUUCUGCCCUCAAAGCAUUGACAUUCAUCAUCUAUGAGGUGCAAGAAAGAGACUGAAUAAUGAAACCCAAAGCUGUGAACAAACUGUAAUUAUGUUCAGUGUAUUAUAUGUUGGUGCAUUGCUGUAAAUUGGUGUGCUUGUUUGAAUUAAUAGCCAAAUGUGCUGCUCUAUCACUUGUAUAAGGGACUACAAUUAGACAAAUGUGAAUUUGUGCUAAAUUUUAUGAAAAUGGUAACUUGAGUCAUCUGUCAGGAUUGUGGUGGUAAUAAUUCUUGUUGAUCGUCUCAUGCGACACAUUUUUUAAGUUAUUGGAAUAUGGAUACAUUUUAAUUGUGUGGCUUUUAGUAUCUUGUAAUAUACCAACAAUAUUGUGAAGGUGUAUUCAAAGUACCUGUACAACACUUCCUUUAACUAUCAUCUGUAGAUAAUGUAUAGUAAUUGUUACUAGAUUGGUAAUCCAGACGAAAGACUUAUAAAUCAUCUUUGCUGGUGUGCUAACAUUUCAGUUCAUAACCUUUUAAAGUUACUGAUUAUUUUUAAAGAAAAAUGGGCUUCUUUCAGAGUGGACACCAAUUAUGCUGAUCUGGAUGUGAUUGUCACAAAAAUAUAAUUGACUUACAACUAUCUCUGAAAGUGGAUUCUUUCUGCCCUCUAGAGAGCUAUCCACUUACAACACUUUUGAUAAUAUCAGUACUAGAAAUAACUUACUGCUGUGAAUUAACAAGAAAUUUUGAUUGGAAAAGAUGGCUUUUUGAUUAAAUGUGGCUAUAUGUUCAGUUAUUUGUUGGUGAACAACUAUAUACUUGAAUGAAAUGUGAAAGCAACAGUGCACAAGCUGUUGUUUAAAAGAAAGGAUCAUCAUCUCAAGUUGAGUUUUUUUUCUUCAAUUAGAUUUUGAUAACAGGCAACCAUUGAAGUUUGUCAUAAUAAUAUUUUUGCUUGAGUUUUUUAAUAUAUCAGGCCAUAGUUUAAAUAGAAUCCCCACUUUCCCCUUCCCCCACAAUUUUGCAGUUAUAUUCAUGGUAUGGAAGAUGUUACUUGUAUGAUGUAUAUAAUGUGUUUUAAAACAAUGGACAUGUAGAUGUUUUCAGUAAUGCAUGAUGAAGCCAGCAUGUAAUGCUAUUGUACAGUAACUGAGAAACUAUGUAAACUUUCAAAAUACUAAAUAAAACUAUUUACAUUGUA